UCACUUUCUGCGAUCGAUAUUGCCGUUGAGCAGGGAGCUGGACGCGAUUUUGAUGAGAGUGUUUGAGCCGGAGGUUGCAAGGAGAUGUACUGUUGGCGAAUUGAGACAGGCGAUCGAGACGUGUGGGAGGUUUACCAUUGGUGUUGGGGAGGUGGAGGAGAUCAUCCCGGUCCCGAUGCCGGUGCCAGAGGUCGACGUCGAGGAGAAGUUGGAGUCCUACUAUUACGACACGCAGCAACAACAGGUCUUCGUCUGCCCACCAACCCCAUUACCCUCCCACCGCCACGGCCAGGGUUUCUAUCCGCCUCCGCCGCGAACGCCACAACAUCCUCAUCAUCCGACGUUCGCCUACGCUCCACAAGGACAACAACAGUUCGCGUUUCAAUUCCCGCAAACACCGGCGACCCCAAGCGCGACGCUCGCACGAAAACAAGGUCAGCCUCCUGUGCCGUGCACGCCCGCUCAACGCGGUUGUGCCUCUAAUAUCCACGGACACGGAGUAGGUGCUGAGUGUUAUCCUACACCGCGAACGCCUUGUGUUGGUUCGCAUCGUCGUGCGCCGUCUGGGUUCUCGGUGAGUGAGGAUGAUGAUGAGGAUAUGGAGGGCGACGAAGAUGAUCUUGAUGACGUUGAGGAAGAGGAGAUGGACGAGGGCGAGUGGGGGCACGUUGUCAAAGGCGGAGCCGACAGGGCGAGGCCGAGGGGUGUUAUCACUCCACCGAGAAGCAGUGGAGGAAGUUGGGAACAAGUUGUCUCCGGCCGGGGGAGGGUCGGUGUUGCUUAUUAGUUGAGAAGUUUCUUGCAUGUUUGGGAAAGGUUUUGGGAUAUCGUUUUGGCUAUUGCGAUUUUGCUUGGUGGGGACUUUCUGG